UAAGGCAUUGCAUAUUAGUGAAAUAGACAGUUAAGACUGUUAAACUUUCUUUCGUCGAAAAAGUAAGUCUGGCAAUUGUUUCAAUUGGUAAAUUUCAAAAAAUGUCUGUGACUUUACAUACUGAUGUAGGUGAUUUGAAAAUCGAACUGUUUUGUGAACAGUGCCCUAAAGCAUGUGAGAAUUUUUUGGCUCUCUGUGCCAGUGAUUAUUAUGAUGGCUGUGUUUUUCUAAGAAAUAUUAAAGGUUUUAUUAUACAGACUGGAGAUCCAACAGGAACCGGAAAAGGUGGGCUUAGUAUUUGGGGAAAGAAAUUUGAAGAUGAACUUAAGGAUGAAUUGAAGCACAGUACUCGAGGAAUGAUUUCCAUGGCAAGUAGUGGUCCAAACACUAACGGAUCACAGUUUUUUAUUACCUAUAGUAGACAACCUCAACUAGAUAUGAAGUAUACUCUUUUUGGAAAAGUCAUAGAUGGCUUAGACACUUUGGAUGAAUUAGAAAAACUACCCGUGAAUCCAAAAACAUUUCGACCUGUUUCUGAUAUAAGAUUGAACUCUGUGAAUAUUCAUGCUAAUCCAUUUGCAAAGUGAUUUUGUUAUUAAAAUUAAAGAUUUUAAAUCAUUUAAUUUAUUUUUAAUGUUCAGCAGAUAACAUCAUUCAUUGCAAUGAAUAGGAUGCUGUUUUUGUACAUAAUAAUUAAAAUUAAAUAAAAGUAUUCUUUAUUUUGUUAA